AUGGAUGCUCCGAUGACAUCAACGGCUGUAAAACCUGACGAACAGGUUAUGAGCGCCCAACCCGCUGAAGGCGAUGGGAGAGCUCCGCUGCCCAAUGGUACGACCGCUGGGACUUCUGGAAGCAUGGAAGUGGAGGCGGAAACCGGAGCUCGAAGCUCAGGUCCUGUGCGUUCCACAGGAUCUGAGUUGGAGCAAGAUGCUGGUCGGGGAGAUGGAAAUGAGGGCGAGGGUGCUACUCGAGCGCCUGUCUUGCCUGGUGCUUCCACCUUGUCGGCGCAAAGUGGCAUGAGAGAAGAGAGAUGCGUGGAUGCUGAGGCAACGAGUGCUACGGUGCAGGGGCCAGAGACUCGCGCGGACAUUACUGGCCAAGCUGGUACAAGCGGAGGUGGGUCAGCUGCACCUGGUGUCGGUGUGCACGGUGGAGCAUCUUUCAGUGAACGAGGAGAUGAGUCAGUCUACCAGAUCGUACGGACCUGGAGGUGGAUUUCCAAGGCCGGGAAUACCGAACCAGCUCCCAGGCUGGGUGACAAGACUGGGGGAGUUCUUCAAAGCUCCUGCGGUGCAGUGGUUGCCGAGUCCUAUGCCAUCACCACCACGACCGAGGCUGCAAGAUCGCAGAGUGACGGAUACCUCGGGGAUGUCACAUGGACAGUGGCACCUGGCUUGGGAGAUCUGAGGGAUGCGAGUGCGAAUGGUGGUGUGAACUUGAGGUCUUCGGAAGAUAAUCAUACCACGGCGAUCCUUGAGGCACUGACGAAGAACUUGACCAACCUCCAAGAGCUACAGGUGAAGUCAAUGAGGCGCGAGAUGGACGGCGAUGAUGUUCCGGAGCAGGUGAAGACUGGGGCUGUGGCCCUUCCAAUGCUGCCUGGCCCGGACAGCGCUGAAGCAGGCAUCAUUUUUCAAGACUGGCUUGCGCAGGUGGCUGUUCCCAUGCAGGACUUGUCUUCGUCUUCAGGAAUAUGGUGGGCGGGAGUGAUCAGUUUGGUCCGGGAGUCUUACUCAAAGUGGCUUUCUGCGACCCCGCUGGAGCGCCUACAGCUUGAGCCUGCAGGUCACGAAGCCUGGACUAUGACGCGGUGGACUCGGGUCAACUCACGGGCUUGUUCAAUGAUCUUGCAGAGUUUGCAGGAAGCGAUAAGGGUGGAUUUGAUCGCACGCCGUGCGGUCCAAAGUGCUCCCCUUAUUCUCUUCAGGCUCCACACGUGCUACCAACCUGGUGGGGCGUCAGCAAGAUCGGCAGUGCUGGGAAGCUUGCAGAAUCCGGUGCACCCUUCUACCUUAGAUGAGGCCCUCACAUGGUUGCGGUCCUGGCCAAGGUGGGUUCAACGGUGCAAAGACCUCAACAUGAUGAUCCCGGACAGCACGAUCCUUGCCAAGGCGCUCACUUCGGCGACGGCGAAGUAUGUUGGGGAGAACCCGGACACUCACGUUCGCACACAGCUCCUGAGGUCGAGCCUCAGGAUUGAUGGGCAACCGGCCUUCUCCGACGUCGUGAAAUACCACCAACACUUGCAGGCGGAAGUGGAGUCUAUGGUGUCUUCCAGAGCGGUGAGCAAUAUCGAGCCGGAGGGUGAGAGCUCUCCUGCAGCCCGUUCCCAAGUUGUCACCGGUGAGCCUGUAUGGACUUUGGAGAGUUUGCUUCAGGCGGCAGCGAAGGUGGCAGGCGCCCCGCAUCCGGAGCCAAAGGCCCCGUCUAUGAACGUUAUGGCGCUGAAGAGGACGGCCGGAAGCACGGAUGAUCUGUCCAUGUUCGCGUUGGUGGACUCUGGAGCUACCCACGCUCUGCGUCGGGCGACCUCCCAGGAGGAGUGGGAUGAGGCUGAUCCGGUCACAGUGAACUUGGCUGGAGGGGAGUCAGUGGGCCUCAGGAUGAACGUUGCGGGCACGAUCCUUGUGCCGGUUUCUUCUUUGACCUCGGCGACUUCGUCAACUCCGAUUGUGCCCCUGGGAGCUCUUGUCAGCCAGUUGGGUUACACUAUGACAUGGGGAAAGUCCAAGUGCCGCCUCGAAGGACGAAACGGCGAGAUCAUCACGCUGAGGAUCCGAGAUGGAUGUCCCGAGGUGACAGAGCAGGAAGCGUUGAAGCUGAUUUCGCAGCUAGAAGACGCUCGUCUACAGGAGCUUCGCACAAGUACGGCGGAGACGCGGGCAAAAGUCAAGGCUGCGGCUGUAGCGAUGGAGAAGACGUGGUUUGAUCACCUCUUGGCCUACGUGGACGGGGAGAUCUCUUCAGAGGCUCUUAAAGCAGUGGAGACGGCUCCGUUUCUACGUGAAGUACCACGACCCUGCAAAGUUGGCCUGGCGGAACCGUUUCCUGAAGCAAAUGGUUGGCAAGCCUUAAAGGGCUUGGAGCACUUGAACAGGAGGACCAGGAAGCGAUUGUGGUCGUCAGAUCAGUGGAUCGUGCAUUUGUUUGCAGGGAAGUCGGAGAAGCGCGACCUCUACCACCUUGAGGGCCAUGGGUACGUGGUGUUGGAGUUGGAUCUCGAGCGGGGAAGAACCCACGAUCUUUUGAGGUCAGCUACGCGGCGGGCUCUCGAGUAUGGCGCGAGGAAAGGCAAGAUUGCAGGGAUCAUCGGUGGCCCCCCGCAAGGUACGUUCAUGAUCUCCCGGCACAUCGUGGGAGGCCCAGAACCUCUACGGUCCAACGACUACCCGUACGGCAACUGGGAGGGACAAUCGGACGCAGAUGUGUGGGAAGUGAACAGAGAAACCCAGUUGUUGACGAGGAUGAUCUAUCUUCAUGCGUUGUCGACGGCGGGAAGAGUAAGAUCGAGUCUCACACCGGAGUUUCGCAAGGAAGUGGCUUUUCUUCUUGAACAUCCUCGUGAUCCUCGUGGCUAUCUGAAGUAUCAAGACCCGCUGUACCCAGAUGUUGUGAGUUUCUGGAGGACGACUCUGUGGACCGAGUACGCCAUGGAAGCGGGGCUCAGCACGCAUUGUUUCGACAUGGCUGCGCUGGGCAAAGCAUUCACAAGGCAUACGACCCUCGGCACCAACCUUGCGAUGAAACACCUCAAUGGACUAAGGCUUCGGUGGCACUCAGAUGGACCGCCACCGGUGAGAGCUCCGGCGUGCGUGUGGCCAGCGGAGUUUUGGGAGCAUGUCGUUUUGGCUUUGCGAGAUUGGGUCCCGCGGAGCUUUGUGGAGGAUGGACGUGGUGCGUGGGUGGACUACGAUCCCGGAGAACUGGAAAAGGACGCCUACGAGGAGAAGGACGAUGGACUGGCAAGCGAGGCGGUGGAUCGAGGGGGUGAAGUUCCUGUACCAGAUGGAGGGGAUCAGGAUGAUGAACCGGAGCUCAAGCAAGCUCCCAGGCGAGACCACGACGAAGAUCCCGAUCUCUCGGCCCCCGAGCUUGUGAACCUCAUCUUUGCAUGUGGACCAAAGCUCGACGAUUUGGCCCCGAAGUGGCAUACGGGCUUCUAUGUGGGACUGUCGGACAGCCUGAGCAAGGGCCACUUGGUGUACAUCAAGGACGAUGAUGGUGAGCGUUUUGUUCAUACUCUUCAUGUUCGUGCAGGUGUACACGACCCCGGACCAGUUGAUGGUGAGUUUCAUGCAGAAGCCCCAGAAGGACCAGGCCGCAGAGUUCGGGGAAAGUCAGCUGGAUCGGGUAAUGUGGUAGGGGUCUCAAAAGUGGAAGUGUUCGAUGAGUCCGUGCUCAAGCAAAGAGCAGAAGCCGUUCUGAAGGAUUGGGUUUUGGAGGAAGCAGAGUCAGUUGUGAAAGAAGUGGCACGGGGGCUUCCAGAUGACGAGAAGAUCUAUGGAAUGUUUCGCCAUGGCGGAAAGCUAGGAGUCACCAAAGCCACAGUCGAGCGACCAUGGUUUGCGAGAUUGCUGAACAGGUUGUUCAAAGAGCGGGCUCCGGAUGCAGAGUUUGCGGCUGUGUAUGUGUCGAUGAACAAUGAGCGCGAGGUCCACAUCGACAAGAACAAUGCGGUUGGGGCGGUGAACUACAUCAUUCCGCUGAGUAUGCCCAGGAGAGGUGGAGAACUCUGGAUGGAGUUGCGUGAGGGAGAUGUGGUGUCGGGAAGGGUGAUUGAGUUGAUCUCCAAGGAGGGAAGGGCAAGAUAUGGUUGCGCUUUUCCGCUUCAAGAGGGGAGUGUGUUCACCUUUGACCCGCACAGACGUCAUGCUGUUCUACCAUGGAAGGGCGAGCGGAUUGUGGUAGUUGGCUAUACCCCAGGACUGCUGGAGUCGGUGCCCCGCAUUGACAAAGAGAUGUUGUGGGACCUACGAUUUCCUCUACCUCUUGAUGAUGGGGAGUCGGGUCCAGAGGUGUACAUCAAUGCGCUGUCUGUUUCCUCGGUGACGCCGCGAAAGCAAGUCGAGGAGGAGCAGGUUCCACUGAGGGGAGGAGGAUGGCAAGAAGUGAUUGAGACUUCGGAUGGCGAGUACCUCUUCAAGUGUGACGGGAUGAUCUCCAAAUCAGCCAGCAGCUCCUCAAGUUCGGCUCCGGACAAUGCGGUGGCGUCUGUUACUACCGAAAGCUGGAGUGAUUGGGAGAUGCAGUUAGUACUGAGCGAAGACCAAGGAGAAUGUCAAACUGCUCUAGUUCCCCAAGGAGCUUCGAUUACACCUUCAGUUCGAAAGACGGAAGUCACGUACACUGAGGGCGUAGAGGACAUCCUUCAAAAGCUGGACUUGCCUUUGUCAGUUGUCUACACGGUCAAUCCCAAAGAAGUCAUGCAUGUGUUUGAGAGAUGGACCGAGUCUCUGAAGAAAGAAGUGGCUUCGCUGGACCAUGCAGUUGACAAAGUGAUGUUCGAUGACCCAGGUGUUCGGGAAGAUCUUGAUUCUGGGAAAGGACAACUCAUUCCCAUGAAGGUUGUUUACACCGUGAAGCCACCAGUACAGUUGGUGGUGGAUGGCAAGAGGAUCACGUUGCUCCAAGGACGUGUUGAGCCUUCUUGGUGGUCAAUCAUGCAGGAGGGAUCGAUCUUGAUCGGGGUCCUGGUUGUCUACGUUGAUGACUUGCUCCUGUGUGCGCGGACCGAAGUCAUAAAAGAGCUUGCGGCAGCGAUCCAGGCGAUGUGGAAGACGAGUCCUCUUCAGCUUGUGACGGAAGGCGAGAUAAGGUUCCUUGGGAUUGAGAUCUCGAUGACCACCCAGGGUUUCGCUUUGUCGCAGCGAUCCUACAUUGAGGAGCUUCUUCGACUACAUGAAGUUCCGACGAGGAAGCGAGAUUUGGUCCCAGUCACGAAGGAGCUGGUGAGUUUCGUAGCCAGUGAGGAUGAAGCCCCCAACGAUGAGGGGGAAGUCCGAGCUGCUCAGCAGAUUGCCGGGGAGCUUCUUUGGGUGAGUCAGAGGACGCGGCCAGAUGUGGCGUUUGUGUGCUCUCUGAUUGGAUCGUUGGCAACACGAGCUCCGAGGAGGGCGUUGGAAAUUGGCCUGAAAACGCUGGCGUACCUACAGCGAACAAGUGGAAGGCGAUUGUUGUUUGAGGGAAGCUCCAACUACUUGACGGGGUUUGUGGACGCGUCGUUUGCCCCUGAUGCCAACCGGUCUCAUACUGGCUGGAUAAUACAGUUGGCAGGCAAUGUGGUUGCGGGGCGAUCGUCGCGCCAAUCGUGCAUCAGCCUUAGCACCGCCGAGGCGGAGCUAGAAGCAGCGGUUGAGGGCCUGGUCGCCAUCCAAGGGAUUCAGGCCGUGCUACAGGACAUUGGAGCACGAAUGUUCAACAUGCAGAUGCACUCUGACAGCACAUCGGCUUUGGCAAUUGCGCAUGGAUCAUGUAGCUGGCGCACCAGGCACCUUCGGCUAAAGAGCGCUUGGAUCAGCGAGUUGAUUGCCAAGAAUGUGGUCGAGUUCAAUCACUGCAGCGGAGAGGUUCAACCCGCUGAUAUGUUGACUAAGCCAUUGUCGUCUGCAAGGUUGAAGGCUUUGAGCUGCUUGGUCGCUCUGAUUGAUGAGAUGGAGUCGUUGUGCUCGGUGGCCUCAAGCCAGGAGGCUGUAUCUGGCGAAAGAGUGUUCGAGGAACAGGGUGUCGUAGUCUAUGGAAGUGGAGUUUCUGUAGACUAUGGUUUGGUGACGUGGAUUUUGUUUUGUUGUGCUAUCCUGGUAGCGGUGAUAGGCUGGGAAGCGGUGAAGUAUCUUGUGUGGGUGAUUUAUGAUCGGGCAUCUCCUGGUGCCAACCAACGGAGACUUCGGCGUCUACAACGGCUAAGGGAUGCUACUGCCGAGGCGAUUCAAAGGGAAGUGAGUUCUCGAGUUGGAUCGCGAGCAGAGCAGCGGGCCAGGGAUCUGAGAGAGCAUCCGAGAAGGCAACUCCCAGACCCACCUCGAGAGCAGCGAGAUGUGAAUGCUGAGGAGCGAGUGAAGCUGCUCCGGAAGCUGGCACAAGGCGUGAAGGAGACCCAUGAAGCGGCGGUCCAAACAACGGCUUUUACCCCGGUGCAUGGACCAUCUACGAGGGUUAUUUUGCGCUAUGUUCACGAGCCAGCCGAGGCUACAUAUAUUGUCCCUGACAACGAUUGCUACCAUGUCUACGAUGACUGUCAUGCUUUUCGGCACAGGGGGACGAUGCAGAGAGUCGAGAGAAGGCGACUCUGUCAGUACUGCAGCCACCGAGCUGCUGAUGAUCCAGACAAAGCAGCAGAUUAUGGCCGUGAUCUGGAAAGAGCUCGUGAGUACGAGCGAGUUUUCAACACAACGCUGCUUCAGUCGGGACAAAGUUCAAAUGUGACCCAGGCCUGA